AUGACUCUGAAGGCAAGCAAGACAGUGGCAGAGCGGAAGGGCACAAGUAAACGGGAGAAACGUCCCCGUGCCUACAAUUGGGAUCCUUCGAGCGAUGACUACACAGGCCCUUGGGCGAAGUAUAAGGAUGAGGUUACCAUUUCGGUGCCCUCGGAUGAGGACCGCGCUUACCUGGAGGCUUACUUGGCCAAGAAGGCGGUCAAGAAAAAGCGAGUGGAGGAGGCACCAAUGAGUGAGGAGAAGUCCACUUUGCAUAUCUCCACACCCACAGACUACCAGGGUCGCUCCUUCCUACAUCCACCUCACGACGUUCCUGGUGUCAGUUUGACUACAGAAGAACCUCCAGAACGCUGCUUCUUGCCCAAACGACUCAUCCACGAGUGGAGUAAUGCACACGCUCGUGGGGUGUCUGCUAUUCGUCUAUUCCCAAAAUCUGGCCAUCUUCUACUCUCUGCUGGAAUGGACAGUAAAGUUAAGGUUUGUCAACUCAGUUCUGUAGUUAUUUUUGUCUUGAGUCAUCCUUCAAGCCAAAGAUAA